CAGAUUUGUGAUCGUGGUGCCUACUGUACCGUGGAGAAGCCUGUGGGAACCUUACACUGCAGAGCUCUCGUCCUGGCCUGGCCCGGCCCCGCGCUAUGGAGUUCCUUUGGGCCCCUCUCUUGGGUCUGUGCUGCAGUCUGGCCGCUGCUGACCGCCACAUCGUCUUCUGGAACAGUUCAAAUCCCAAGUUCCGUGAGGAGGACUACACGGUGCACGUGCAGCUGAAUGACUACCUAGACAUCAUCUGCCCACAUUACGAGGGCGACUCUGUGGCAGAUGCAGCCAUGGAGCGAUACACACUGUACAUGGUGGAGCACCAGGAGUAUGUGGCAUGCCAGCCCCAGUCCAAGGACCAGGUCCGGUGGAAUUGCAACCAGCCCAGUGCCAAGCAUGGCCCGGAGAAGCUGUCUGAGAAAUUCCAGCGCUUCACGCCUUUCAUCUUGGGCAAGGAGUUCAAGGAAGGACACAGCUACUACUACAUCUCCAAACCUAUCUACCAUCAGGAAUCCCAGUGCUUGAAGCUGAAGGUGACUGUCGAUGGCAAAAUCACUCAUAGUCCCCAGGCCCAUGCCAACCCACAGGAGAAGAGACUCCAAGCAGAUGACCCGGAAGUACAGGUUUUGCACAGCAUUGGUUACAGCGCCGCCCCCCGCCUCUUCCCACUGGUCUGGGCAGUAUUGCUCCUACCACUGCUGCUGCUGCAAUCUCAGUGAGGGUGUACGCUUGCCCUGGCUUAUGGAUUGGAAUGGGACUAAGGGGCAGGGAUAAGUACCCCAAAGCCCCAGCCCUGGGAACCUCUCCCACUACAUGCACAAGACGCCACCAUGAAGCCUUAGAAGGUUCAGUAUUAAGGGUUUUAACCGAAAAGAGUUUAACCAGCCCGACUGUGCCAUCCCUGCCUCCACUUCAGAGGGAUGGAGAAAGAAGUGGAAAAGGUCCUUAACCUGAAGUUUCUACCUUUAAGCCAAAGAAACAAGAUGUGCAGACCUGGCCCAUUAAGAGGGCUCAGUGGGAGAAGGGCUAAAAAGAGCCCGAGGUCAUGCGGUUGGACACUGAACUUGGUAAAGACGUCCUUCUCCAAGGAAGCCAUAAUGUGCAGAUGAACUGACUGAAGGAAAAGCUUGAGACAGCUUCCUGCGGGGGAGCCAGGUACAGGAGAGGCAGCUUGGGCUGACCCAGCAUCUCUGCAAGAUUUCCACCUGCUGGGCUGCCAGAGAGGUUUGUAGCCCGGCCCUGACUGUAUCCUCCCCAUCCCUGGGGCAACAUUCCCUGGAGCUGUGCCAACAGGAGGACUGAAAGCAGCCUGGUUUUAGAGUGUAGAUGUAAGGGCAGUGCCCGUGUGUACAGUCUGUGGAGUUUAGCUUAACGGGCAGGGCCCACAUGUACAGUGUCUGUAUAUAUAUGUGCUGUGUCUGCUCAUUUCUAUGACUGCAGGGUUUUUUUUAUACCGUGUUUUUGGAUUCAAAAUAAAUUGAUGUUUUUUUAUGGACUUGC